AUGGCCGCCGUCCAGCUGCUCCUUCUGGCCUGCCUCAUGCGGGCUUUCGAGGCCAGGACGGCCCAGCUGCGGAAGGCCGAUGACGGCGGCCGCUGCCACUACACCUUCAGCGUGGCCAGCCCCACCGAGCCCAGCUGCCCCGAGCAGGGCCAGGCGGCGUCCGCCAUCGGGGACCUGCAGAGAGACAGCAGCGCCCAGCGGGCUGACCUGGAGGCCACCAAAGCCCGCCUCAGCUCCCUGGAGGGCCUCCUCUGCCGGCUGACCGAGGGCCAGGCGGCCGGGCCCUCAGACGGCCAGCAGGGGCUGCAGGGGGAGCUGGAUGCCCUGAGAAGGGACAGAGAACAGCUGGAAACCCAGGCCAGGGAGCUGGAGGUGGCCUAUGGCAACCUCCUCCGCGACAAGGCAGCUCUGGAGGAAGAGAAGAGGCAGCUGGGGCAGGAGAACGACGAUCUGGCCCGGAGCCUAGAAAGCAGCAUCCAGGAGGUGGCCCGGCUGAGAAGGGGCCAAUGUCCCCAGGCCCACAACUCCUCUCAGGACGUGCCACCAGGCUCCGGGGAGGAAGUUCCUAAAUGGAAUGUGGAGACCGCGAACUUCCAGGAGCUGAAGUCAGAGUUAACUGAGGUUCCUGCUUCCCGAAUCCUGGAGGAGAGUCCAUCUGGCCAUCCUGAGAAUGAAGAGGGAGACCCUGGGCCCCGCCGGGCGAAGACGCUGCGUGGCGGGGAGGGCUCGCGCCGGACGCCCGCCUGGCCCCGGGUCGUCGCCGCCGCCGCGGGGUCAGACCAGCGGCUCUCGGGCCGCGCGGGGGGAGGGGGGAGCUUUGCGCUUCGCGCGGCCUCGCUGCGGCGCCCCAAAACCUUGGCCCCGCGAAAUAAAGCCACAGCCUGUCCUCCUGACCUCCGCGCCUGCUUUGCUUAG